AUGGCGACAAGGCGGAUGCUCACGAAAGAAGACGAGGCCAGUAUCGGUGAAGAAGUCGAGGUGCGCAGAGAAGACCAGGACAAGAUCAACAAGUUCAGCCGCCUACACCAGCGCGAGUUGGCCAUAGAAGAGGAACUAAAGGCCAAGAAUAUCCAGACACUAACCCCCACCUACCAGAAAGAGAAGGAAGACCUCGACGACCUCAACACCGAACUCGAAUUGGCCGACGAAGACGACAAAGUCCCAUACAAAAUUGGCGAUGCGUUCUUCCACGUGUCCCAGCCCCAAGCGCUCGAAAUGCUAGGGGUCGCCGCAGCCAAGUUAGAAGAGGAGAUCGAGGAACUCGAGUCGAAGCUCGAAGAAUGUCAGGACGAGAUGGCAGAGCUGAAGAUCGCUCUGUAUGCGAGAUUCGGGAAGAGCAUCAACCUCGAGACAUGA